AUAUCAUGCAUCGAGAAAUGCCCUCGGCGUGCGCGUGUUUAAAGGAAGGCUCUGCGACAGAGUUGGACAAGACUUUUGGCGGAGUAGCUUAGUCAUCCGCGCUAACCUGAGCCGCUCCUCAAGUUCUUCCCACUUUUCCAAGGCUCCUCAACCCACCAUGGACACCCUCGAUAAUACAGAAUGGGAUGUGCUCAUCGUGGGCACCGGCUUGCAGCAGUCGCUGCUUGCUCUAGCCCUCUCGCGCUCGGGAAAGAAAAUCCUCCACAUCGAUGAGAACGACUACUAUGGGGAGGCCGAAGCUGCCUUCAGCUUACAGGAAGCUGAGGAAUGGGUAGAGAAGGUGGCCGAGGGUUCACCCACUGCUGCCUCCUCCAAUGCCUCCAUCAAUAUCCCGCAGUAUCCAGAACAUGCCACGCCGGCGUCGAAAUUAUCAUUUUCGAGAGCAUAUAACCUAGCACUAGCACCACAGAUCAUCUACGCUCGCUCUAGCAUCCUGCAAUACCUCGUGUCGUCGAAGGUGUAUCGACAGCUAGAAUUCCUCGCCGUCGGGAGUUGGUGGGUGUACGGCCCAGAUACAAACAUUGCAGGCGAUGCCUCGCGGCUCACCCAACCCGGCAAACUCCUCAAGGUGCCAAAUGGGAGAGAAGAUAUUUUCCAGGACCACGAGCUUGACUUCAAAGCAAAGCGAGCACUAAUGAAAUUCCUACGGUUCAUCGGCGAAUACGAAGAGCAGACGGAAGUCUGGGAAGAGCACCGCAGUCAGCCCUUCCCUGUCUUCCUGUCGCAGCAAUUUAAGAUUCCUGUCGCUCUACAUCGCCCGCUUUUAGCACUUACCUUGUCAAGUUCAAGCUCAGAUCACACAACUACCGAGUACGCGCUCCCACGGAUAGCGAGGCAUUUACGGUCUAUCGGCGUCUUCGGAGCAGGAUUCGGAGCCGUCACGCCGAAAUGGGGCGGCUUGUCUGAGAUCAGUCAAGUCGCCUGUCGCGCGUCUGCUGUGGGGGGCGGUGUAUACGUCCUCGGAAAAGGACUCUCCGGGAUCGAUAACAUAAGUUCGAAUGAGCAAAAAGGUACCAGCAGUAUCAGGCUUCGUCUGAAAGAUGGCGAAGCUAUCACUGCGCGUUGGGUGGUCGGUGAGGGCUCUCCUGACCAGACCCAGGAAACCUUCUGCAAAUCCAUCGUCAUCGUCUCCUCAGCGCUCACGUCCCUCUUUCCGCCUAUCGCAGAGGAAGGACCAACGCCAGCUGCCGCAGUGGUCAUCUUCCCUUCCGAUUCUCUAUUGCAGGAUGGUCAACCUGGGGAAGAACAAGAACUACAACCGGUGCACAUAGUCAUCCAUUCCAGCGACACUGGCGAAUGUCCCGCGGGCCAAAGCAUACUGUACGCUUCUACCUCCAUGAGCGGGAAGCGCGGCUUCCGUCUCCUCCAGCAAGCUGUAUCCGUGCUUCUCUCAACCGUUGUCGAUGGAUCGGCAGCAAGUGUCUUGUGGUCUGUUCAGUACGAGCAGCGAGCUGGCUCAACCGAUCUAUCCUCCGCAGGUACUGGAGAUCAUAUACUCAAAAUCACUCCUCCACCGAUGGACCUCGCGUUCGACGACUCCACCCUAGACCGUGUCAAAGAAGUGUGGCAGAAGAUAAUGGGCGAUGGUGCAGAGGAAUUCUUGGUUUUCGAGGAUAGGGAAGCAUACGCGGAGGAUGAUGAAUAAUGCGGAAGACACGAUGUGUGGCAUGAGGACGGAUCACGACUGACGAUCUUCAGGACAUCUCAUAGAAGCUCGCUGGCGUUGGCGUUGGGUCGCCGAAGCUCCUGCUAAGAGAAAGUUUUAUACCAAAUCAUGAACAUGCUCAACUUCCCCUUGCGCUGCUCUUCCAGACCAUAGCCUUUCCAAUCAUUCCUUCUAUCUUCGAAUAGAAACACCGGUGUCUGGGUCGCAGCAUUUAUUAAGCCAGUAGG